AUGACUAGUAAUAAAUCUUCAACUGCGAUAAGUCCAUUUGAUUUAUUACCAGAUGAGAUCUGGUUAAAAAUAUUUACAGAAUUACCGGUAGCAACGAUUUGUCUUUGUCGAGUGGUUUCUAAAAAAUGGUAUUAUUUGUCAUUAGACGAAACGUUAUGGCAAUAUCAUAGUUCACAUUUAUUUAAACCUGGACCCUUACCACCAAGAACUAGCUCAACAUUGAACAGUUGGGAAAGUUUUUAUAGACUUCAAAUAAAUUGGCAAAGAGGAAACGCAACAAAAACAUUCAAUUUCAAAGCCCAUAAUAAUAAAGUCGUGGCACUAAAAUUGAGAGGAGAUAUUUUAGUUACAGGAUCAACUGAUGAUUUUAUUGGAGUAUGGAACAUUAAAACUGGUGAAUGCAAAAAUAAAAUUGAAGUUGGAGCUGAUAUUAUUUGUGUUGAUUUUAUCGAACAUAAGGAUGUGAUUGCUUGUGGAUCAUAUUAUGGUGAAUUUGGAUGUAAAUUGAUUUCUUUUUCAACGGGAGAGACUCUUGGAAAAUUUGCAGAAGAGCAGUGGAUAGGAACUCAAUGUAUGGAUAUGAAUGAUGAAUACAUUGCAUUAGGAACUUUUAAAGGGAUGAUACAUGUACUAUUAUGGAAAGAUGGUAGAAAAGUAGCAUUAUUUCACGUUCAUUCAAAUAGGGUUGCAGGUGUUCGCUUACUUGGUAAAAAUAUUGUUAUGUCUGUUUCAUCAAAUGGGGCUAUCGAUAUAUUUGAUAUCACAUCAAGUGGAUUACUUUAUCAAUAUGUUCCAUCGAGGACAUCUAUCAAUAUAUGUUCAUUUGAUAAUAAUGUAGAUGGUCAUGAUAUAUUAUGUAUUGCACCAUCUGGAGCGAUUUUUCACAUUAGAUGGGAAGAUUUACCUCCUCCUUCUUUCAAUGAAGGAGAAAGAGAAGGGGAAGAUGAGAGGAUAAGAAGGAUAUAUUCAAGAGAACCAAUGAUGAUUUAUGAAAAUAAUAACGUACCAUGUAGAUUACUUUGUGCAGGAAUUGACUCAAAAUAUAAUCACGGUGUAAUUGGAUCAUUAAUAUCAUAUCCACCACAAGGUCAUUUAUUAAUUUAUCCGAAAGUUAAUUCAGAAAGUGUAGAUGUAACAAAUGGAAUCCGUGGAUUUAAUGAGGUCACAUUGCCUCCUUCGAUUGAUACUACCGUAUUUAAUAUAUUAGAUAUCGAUGAUGAAAGAGUUGUUGCUGGUUGUACGCGAGGUUGGAUUUAUUGUUUUGAAUUUACUGUUGAUCAAGAGAAAGAAAAGAAGGAGGAAAAUGUAAAGGGGGAAGAGGAAAAUGAAGAAAUUAAGAAUUCCAGGUUAUCAUUUAAGACCACUCAAAGUCGUUUGUCCCUGAAAAAAUUCUCAAAUAGUGUGCCGGUAAAGACUAAAUGCAAUACUUGGCCAAAUGAGAAAGAAGCUAAUAAUAACAAAGAAAAUUCGACUGAAAAUUUGAUUGAAAAUUUGUAUGUUAAUUGUAGUUUUGAAAAAUUUGAUUCUGAUCAAGAAAGAGGACAUGAAGAAAUAGAAGAGAAGGAAGGGGAGGAAAAGGAGGAAACUAAACAAGUUCAAAAUGGGAACGAAGAAUUUACUAAUGAAGAAAAUUUUAUCAAAGAUAUCAAAGAUCUUUAUUGUAAUAACAAAGUUUUUAUUUAA